UACAACCAUUACGGUAAGACGUGAAGCUCCCAUUCUCUAGUUUUCCCGUUUUCCCGGUGGCUGUGGAGUGAGUGGAAUUCGCUGGUUGCCUGUCUGGGAAUUUCGUUCAAGCACAUCGAGCGGCCACUGCCAUGGCUGAACGCCGCGCCUUCGCCCAGAAGAUAAGCAGGACUGUGGCAGCAGAGGUCAGGAAGCAAAUAGCGGGUCAGUAUGGGGGCUCACCGCAACUCUUCAAGAACCUCAAUGCUGGGACCAUAACAAGUAACACAGUUCCACUUACAGAGGCAGUCGAGCCAGUGGAUUUCGAGGAGUACCUCAUCACUCACCCUCCAAUUGUGGAGUCAGGACCCCUUAGAGAUUUGAUAGAGUUUCCCCCAGAUGACAUAGAAGUCAUCUACACACCCAGGGAAUGUCGAACAGUAGUACAAGCCAUCCCAGAGGAAGGGGACACUGACCCUCAUGUGAGAGACUGUGUCAGAUCUUACACAGAGGACUGGGCAAUAGUCAACAGAAAAUACCACAAACUUGGCACAGGUUUUAACCCUAAUUCGUUGGAUAAGCAGAAGGAGCGCCAGAAGGGGUUGCCCAAACAAGUGUUUGAGGCUGAUGAAUUACCGGACAGCAGUGGUUACCAGGAUGACCAGGAUGACCUUAAACGACGGUCGAUGUCGAUUGAUGACACCCCUCGGGGUAGCUGGGCUUGCAGCAUCUUUGACUUGAAGAAUUCCCUCCCUGACUCUCUCCUCCCGCAUCUCCUUGAUCGUGCCCCCAAUGAAGAGAUUGACAGACACAAUGAAGAUCAACGCAAGACCAACCGCCACCGGGAACUCUUUGCUCUGCAUCCAGCCCUUGAUGAGGAGGACCCCAUCGAGAGGCAUUGUGUGCCUGACGUUCCAAAAGAACACUUUGGCCAGAGGUUACUUGUCAAGUGCUUGUCCCUGAAAUUUGAAAUCGAAAUUGAGCCCAUAUUCGCUAGCUUGGCUUUAUAUGAUGUCAAGGAAAAGAAAAAGAUAUCAGAGAAUUUUUUCUUUGACCUGAAUUCCGAGCAGACGAAGGCAAUGUUGCGUCCACACAUUCAAACCUCAGCCAUUUCCACUUUAGCACGCUCUGCCAUAUUCUCAAUCACCUACCCCUCUCAGGAUGUCUUUCUGGUCAUAAAGUUGGAGAAGGUCCUACAGCAAGGAGAUAUUGGGGAAUGUGCAGAACCUUAUAUGGUUUUUAAAGAAUCUGACGCUAACAAGAAUAAAGAAAAAUUGGAGAAACUCCGUAUUCAGUCUGAGCAAUUUUGUCAACGCCUUGGCCGGUACCGCAUGCCCUUUGCUUGGACUGCCAUCCACUUAAUGAAUAUUGUCAACAGCGCCGGCAGUCUCGAGAGAGAUACGGAGCUGGAGAUGAGCCUUUCAGAGAGAAAGGGCUCAUGGUCAGAACGACGGAACUCAAGCAUCAUGGGAAGGCGGUCUUUGGAAAGAACCACCAGUGGAGAUGAAUCAUGUAGUCUGACUGGUUUUAGACCUGCCACCUUAACCAUCACCAACUUCUUCAAACAGGAGGGUGAUAGGCUGAGUGAUGAGGACUUAUACAAGUUUCUUGCUGAUAUGAGAAGACCUUCUUCAGUGUUGAGGAGACUGAGACCCAUAACAGCCCAGUUGAAAUUGGACAUUUCUCCAGCUCCAGAGAACCCCCACUAUUGCCUGACACCUGACCUCUUACAAGUUAAACCUUACCCAGACAGUAGAGUGCGCCCCACCAGGGACAUCUUGGAGUUUCCUGCCAGGGAUGUAUAUGUGCCAAACACUACAUACAGAAAUCUGCUGUAUGUGAACCCGCAGAGUCUUAACUUUGCCAAUCGCCAAGGCUCAGCCCGCAACAUUACAGUGAAAGUGCAAUUCAUGAAUGGAGAAGAUCCGAAUAAUGCUAUGCAGGUGAUAUUUGGGAAGUCAAGCUGUGCUGAUUUCUACAAAGAGGCCUAUACGUCGGUGGUCUACCACAAUCGAUCCCCUGACUUUCACGAUGAGAUCAAGAUCAAGCUCCCUGCCUCCCUAUCGGACCACCACCACAUUCUCUUCACCUUCUACCACGUCAGCUGCCAGCAAAAGCAGAACACACUGCUGGAGACCCCUGUGGGAUACACGUGGAUACCCAUGUUGCAGAAUGGACGUUUGCGGACUGGGCACUUCUGUCUUCCUGUUUCUCUGGAAAAACCACCACAGUCCUACUCUGUACUUUCACCAGAUGUUCCUCUCCCAGGAAUGAAGUGGGUGGACAACCAUCGUGGGGUAUUCAAUGUGGAGGUAGUUGCCGUUUCAACUAUCCACACACAGGAUCAGUACUUGGAUAAGUUCUUUGCAUUGGUGCAUGCACUGGAUGAGCACAUGUUCCCAGUCCGGAUAGGGGACAUGAGAAUCAUGGAAAACAACUUGGAAACUGAGUUGAAGUCAAGUAUAGCAGCACUCAACUCUUCCCAGCUGGAGCCAGUCGUUCGGUUUCUUCACCUUCUACUUGACAAAUUGGUUUUGCUUGUGGUUCGACCUCCAGUCAUUGCUGGACAAAUCGUCAAUCUUGGUCAGUCAUCAUUUGAGGUUAUGGCAGCCAUUGUUAACCGCCUCCAUAAGUACCUGGACACCAGCCAGGACAUGCAUGGCCGCAACAGCCUGCUUUCUUCUUACAUCCACUAUGUCUUCCGGUUGCCCAGCACUGACCCCAACUCUCCUUCGCCAGAUGUCAAAUCUACCUCAACAGGCCCUGGAGGGCUUGGAGGUUCUGUUCACUAUGCCACCAUGGCCCGCUCAGCUGUACGACCAGCCAGCCUUAACCUUAACCGCUCUCGUAGCCUUAGCAACAGUAACCCUGACAUCUCCGGUACGCCCACCUCUCCUGAUGAUGAGGUUCGCGCCAUCAUCGGUAGCAAGGGCUUAGACCGGUCCAACUCGUGGGUUCACACCAUGGGCUGUAAGAGUGCCCCUUGGGGAUCCAGCCCUGGGUCUGAUCCAGAAACCAUGCAGGCCAUGGAGCGCUGUGGCAAUCGCAUGUCUUCGCACACAGAGAGCGCCAGUUUCUUGCAAACUUUAACGGGACGAUUGCCCACAAAAAAGCUCUUUCACGAGGAACUGGCUCUCCAAUGGGUGGUGAGCAGUGGAAGUGUCAGGGAGGGAGCUCUACAACAGGCCUGGUUUUUCUUUGAGCUCAUGGUGAAGAGCAUUAUUCAUCACCUCUACUUCGCUGAACGCCUCGAGUCACCCAGAAAAAACAGAUUCCCGGAGCGCUUUAUGGAUGACAUCACAGCGUUGGUCAGCACCAUUGCUGGCGAUAUUGUAUCACGUUUCCAGAAGGAUCUGGAGCUGGUUGAGCGACUGAAUACAAGUCUUGCUUUUUUCCUCAAUGAUUUGCUCUCCGUCAUGGAUAGAGGCUUUGUCUUCACCCUUAUCAAGGCGUACUGGAAACAGGUUUCCACAAAGGUUUAUGCUCUGCAAAACCCGACAUUAGAGUCUCUCAGGCUGGAUUUCUUGAGAAUAGUUUGCAGUCAUGAACACUAUGUCACCCUCAACCUGCCUUGCAGCUUGCUCACGCCACCUGCUUCCCCAUCACCGUCUGUCUCUUCAGCAACUUCACAGAGCUCUGGGUUCUCCACACAUGUUCAGGACCAAAAAAUAGCAAACAUGUUUGAACUGUCCGUGCCGUUCAGGGAGCAACACUUUAUGGCUGGGCUGGUACUGUCAGAACUGUCUGUGAUACUUGACCCAGACAAUGAGGGGAUGUUUGGCUUGCAUAAAAAAGUGGUUAGUGUUGUCCACAACCUAUUGUCCAGCCAUGACUCUGACCCGCGCUAUGCAGAUCCAGAGGUCAAAGCCCGAGUUGCUAUGCUGUACCUUCCUUUGAUUGGCAUCGUCAUGGAGACCCUGCCACAGCUCCAUGACUUCACAGAGUCCCUCAACCAGUGGGGUCGAUCAGGUGGCGUGCAGGGCACCACUGUCUGCAGCAAUGGGGAUGAUGCUGAGGCAGAGGGAAACAACAUGAUAAAUCAGACUGUUGCCAUGGCCAUAGCUGGCACCACCACUACCUCGCCAAUGUCCCGACCAAGCAGCUUCUUGUUGAAUUCGCAGGCGAAUCGUCAGCACGGAAGCUUCUCGGCCGAGUCAAGUCGCAGUCUGCUCAUCUGUCUGCUGUGGGUGCUUAAAAAUGCAGAUGAGCUGGUGUUGCAGAAGUGGUUCACCGAUCUCUCAGUCUCACAGCUGAACCGUCUGUUAGAUCUCCUCUACCUCUGUGUUUCUUGCUUUGAAUACAAGGCCCAUGUUGUGUUCACCAUGCAGGGGAAGAAAGCAUUUGAGCGUAUGAACAGUCUGACUUUCAAAAAGUCGAAAGACAUGAAGGCCAAGCUGGAGGAGGCCAUCCUGGGGAGCAUCGGUGCCAGGCAGGAGAUGGUGCGACGCAGCCGUGGGCAGCUAGAGCGUAGUCCUUCAGGCAGUGCCUUUGGCAGCCAGGAGAAUCUGCGCUGGAGAAAAGACAUGACCCACUGGAGACAGAACAGUGAGAGAUUAGACAAGAGUCACAGAUCACACAGGACAAGAGCAGAGUUGGAGCAUGAAGCACUUAUUGACGGUAACCUUGCGACAGAGGCCAACUUGAUCAUUCUUGAUACUUUGGAGAUCAUUGUGCAGACCGUAUCGGUGACAGAGUCCAAAGAGAGUAUCCUCGGUGGGGUGCUGAAAGUGUUGCUUCACAGUAUGGCCUGUAAUCAAAGCGCCCUCUACCUUCAGCACUGUUUUGCUACACAGCGAGCACUUGUGUCAAAGUUUCCUGAACUGCUGUUUGAAGAGGAGACAGAGCAGUGUGCUGACCUGUGCUUACGACUGCUAAGGAGCUGCAGUAGCAGUAUAAGCACCAUCAGGGCCCACGCCAGCGCAUCACUCUACCUCCUCAUGAGGCAGAACUUUGAGAUUGGCAACAAUUUUGCAAGGGUGAAGAUGCAGGUGACGAUGUCUCUUUCAUCAUUGGUGGGAACAUCCCAGAAUUUUAAUGAAGAGUUCCUGCGUCGCUCUCUGAAGACCAUCCUUACUUAUGCAGAGGAGGACCUCGAGCUUCGGGAAACAACUUUUCCAGACCAGGUGCAAGACCUUGUUUUUAACUUGCACAUGAUUCUGUCUGACACGGUCAAGAUGAAGGAACACCAGGAAGACCCUGAGAUGCUAAUUGAUCUCAUGUACAGGAUUGCAAAGGGUUACCAGACGUCACCAGACUUGCGGCUUACUUGGCUCCAGAAUAUGGCUGGAAAACACUCUGAGAGGAACAACCAUGCUGAAGCUGCUCAGUGUUUAGUGCACAGUGCUGCCUUGGUAGCGGAAUAUCUGAGCAUGUUAGAGGACCGCAAGUAUCUACCUGUGGGCUGCGUGACCUUCCAGAAUAUUUCAUCCAACGUGCUGGAGGAAUCUGCCGUCUCGGACGAUGUGGUAUCACCAGAUGAGGAAGGCAUCUGCUCGGGAAAAUAUUUUACAGAGCUGGGGCUUGUGGGACUCUUGGAGCAAGCUGCUUCAUCAUUCUCUUUGGCUGGCAUGUACGAGGCUGUGAAUGAAGUGUACAAGGUACUGAUCCCCGUCCAUGAAGCCAACAGAGAUGCAAAGAAGUUAGCCACCAUUCAUGGUAAACUACAGGAAGCCUUUGGCAAAAUUGUCCAUCAGAGUACUGGCUGGGAGGAUGGGAAGAGGAUGUUUGGAACAUACUUUCGAGUUGGGUUUUAUGGUUCCAAAUUUGGUGACUUGGAUGAGCAGGAGUUUGUGUACAAAGAGCCAGCUAUCACCAAGUUGGCGGAAAUAUCUCACAGACUGGAGGGUUUUUACGGAGACCAGUUUGGAGAAGAUCAAGUCGAAGUCAUUAAGGACUCCAACCCGGUAGACAAGUGCAAGCUUGAUCCAAAUAAGGCCUUCAUCCAGAUCACUUACGUGGAGCCCUACUUUGACACUUACGAGAUGAAGGACCGCAUCACCUACUUUGACAAGAACUACAACUUGCGUCGUUUCGUCUACUGCACCCCCUUUACGUUGGAUGGGCGGGCCCACGGGGACCUGCACGAGCAGUUCAAACGCAAGACCAUCCUGACCACCUCCCACGCCUUCCCUUACAUCAAGACACGCAUCAACAUUGUUCACAAAGAGGAGAUUAUUUCCACUCCCAUUGAAGUGGCCAUCGAGGACAUGCAGAAGAAGACGCAAGAACUUGCCUUUGCUACCCACCAGGACCCUUCUGAUGCCAAGAUGCUGCAGAUGGUCUUGCAGGGCUCAGUGGGCACCACUGUCAACCAGGGUCCUUUGGAGGUUGCGCAGGUGUUCCUGUCCGAAAUCCCCGGUGACCCAAAACUGUACAGACACCACAAUAAGCUACGUCUGUGCUUCAAGGACUUCACAAAGAGGUGUGAAGAUGCCCUGCGUAAGAACAAGAGUUUGAUCGGUCCUGACCAGAAGGAGUAUCAGAGGGAGCUUGAGAGGAACUAUCACCGCCUGAAGGAGGCGCUCCAGCCGCUCAUCAACAGAAAGAUUCCUCAGCUCUAUAAACCUGUGCUACAGGUCAACUCACACAGAGAUUCUUUCAGCAGAUUGAGUCUUCGCAAAAUUGACAUUUGAAGAUGACGGGAGUACGUACGUACGCACAAAGCUCCACCAAAAGAUGCAAUAUUAAUUUAUUCUUGAGUGUAAAUAGCAGCGUGUUCAGAAUGGGUCACCAUGUUUGUUACUGAAAAAGGCUUCAAGUGUUCCAACUUGGUAUUUCAUUCCAGUGUCUUAACUUGUUUACACAACUCGAUCAGCAGGAUGAAUAAGUGGGUUUGAUUUUAAAGAGACACCUUGACCUUUUAAGAUUUGGGGAACAUUUUCCCCAGAGGCUGCCUUGGUAUAAUGUAAGCCUUUUCUCCAGAGGUACGAGACCUCGCACGCUGUGAGCUCCCAAGCAACCGGUACCAGCAAUGUUCACAUCCCGUUAUUGGUUCCAAAAAGUGCCAAACAAACUUUUUAACGACAAAUUCUAAAAAUGCAAAUGUCAAGGUGUCUUUUUAAUAAGUUUGGGGGAAAAAACGGUAUUUAAUGUGUGCACUUUUUUUUGGUGUUGUUUCUGGUGUAGCAAUGCAUUUCACAACUUGAAAGCUAAAGUUAUGUGGGAGAGGGAUGAUGAAAUGACAAUUUGCAAAAAAUAUUAUUUAUCAUAUUGCUUUAUCACAUUUUUGUUAAAACGUCAAUGUUUUAAAGUUAGGUACUGAAAAUGUAUAAUUUUAUGUAGUUCUGUUUUGUUAAUUUUAAAUAUUUUACUAAAUAAAUAUUUUAAUGUUCA